AUCGCGCAGCCAUUGUUGUUAGGAUCACGGCAAACAGCCGCAACUAUAAAUUCGAGGAUCUGGCUUGCGCUACCACGAACAACACCCACUAGACUAUCUGCGCGCACAGUAAUCUGUCGACGAUAUCGUUACAGGUCCAGCCACUACGUCGGCUUUAUAUACCAGAUACCGCCCACCCAAUCACGUCGCCAUGGCCUCCGGAUCUUCUCAACUUUUAGGUAGCAAGAUGGGUUUAACCGUCGAAACGACGCGGCUCGUACACAAGCCAUCACAAGACACGCUCGCCUCGGUAGAGCCGUUCCCCGCAUUGGAAGAGAAGAACUCACAACCAUGCCGACCCUCCGAUGCCUCGACCCCCGCCACCGCGCGCGCAAACCCCUUUGACACCGACAUUGAAGCUAUGAUCACACGAGACAGCUGCAACAGAAAGUCAGGAGAAAUAGAAUGUACCAAGGGGGGAAGCGACUGCCAGGUCUGGCCCGGCCAGGACCACUGGAAACGCAAGGCUAAAGCGGCAAAGAAAAACCGCCACACCUGCACCUGCCUGGCAAAGCUGAGCAAGCGGAACCGAAUUCUAGUCAAGAUCGCCAUCAUCGUCUUCAUUAUCGGCGCUGCGGUCGCCAUUGGUUUCGGCGUCAGCAAGCCGCUGGGGGCGGACAUCUGGCGCAGCGACACCCAGAAUGGCCCAUGAGGGCAGCCUCGCUUCCCUCCUACCACGGUCCUCAUGUUGCUCGCCCGUUGUGGUAUCCAGAUCCACCAAAUGAUUUCCUUUUGUCCCAGGUAUUUGUUUCG